AUGGAUAAGUACAAAAUCGUCAAGCAACUGGGCGAUGGAACCUUCGGAAGUACACGUGAAGAUGAUGCGAAAGUCUCGAAAUACCUUUUCUUUUUUCAUCAUUGCAUUUGUAGUCAAUCAGAACUGACCGAUCCCUCGUUCUGUGGUUAUUCGUCUCUAUCUAAUAGAACCACUGGUCAGGCAUCGUCUCACAUUGCGUCUCUAUUGGAAAAAUCUACAUUUGACUAG